AUGUACAGUUUACCUGUCCGCUUGGGUGAAUGGUAUGAGACCACAGUAGACCGCAACUAUCACAUCAACAAACUGAUGUACGAGAGGUCCUUGGGCCUGUUGACCAGCCAAAGGCUGGAGGAGACUUGGAAGAAUUUAUACAAACCCGUGGCGAAGUUCGACGAAAAGGAGAACGUGGUUUACGGCACACCUUACCAGUUCAUCAACCGCGACUUCGAAAAAGACACCCUGCGCAAGAAGGACCCCCGUGACUUGUGCCUUGCUGGUACGAUGGACGAUGUUGAGGUGGACAAGUACCACACCCUCGAGGCAGGUUGUAAGUUAACGGCUAUCUACACGCUGGAGUCAAUUUUGAGGAACACCUUUUGUUUAGAAAGUGCUCACCCUUGCUUCUCUAUCAAGGGUAACGUCAUUUAUGAUGAAUCUGUUUAUAUAAAAACGGUGGCGACCAGAGUGCCACUCUACUUGACGUUCAUGAGAAACUUGGAAACUUUCGAAAGACACCCGCCGAUUACUUUGACUGCGACCAGAAACUCGUACAGCAAAUUUAAAAUAUCCUUUUGGAAGCCUGAUAUAAGGUAUACACGGUUCAGGACGAUUGAAAUGAAUUCGAGAAUUAUAUUUAAACAUUCGGCCACUGGUAGGAAUCUGGUGGUGACACGUUCUCCUAUACCCACAGUGUUUGGAAAUGAGUACGAGGUCACGUGUGCCACCCUCAGGGAUUCCCACAAAAUGGAGACAUCGGAGAACUUUUGGGAAAUAGUCUAG